ACACGAGAACUACAACAUGGCGUCGUGUUGCUACAGUGUGUUGACGAAGUCGUUAGCCUGUCGCUAGCUCACUUACAACACACAUUUUUGCUGGUUUGGCAACCUAUUGUUUGCGUUACUUUGUUUAAAGUAAGGUUACAUACGGUCGUCUCGUUUUCUCAACUACUUUAAAUUCGGGAAAAAUGAGUUACACAACGAAUGUGGUCCAGGUGACAAAUGUGUCGCCGAGCACAACAUCAGAGCAGAUGAGGACUCUGUUCGGCUUUCUCGGAACCAUCGAGGAGCUCAAGUUAUUUCCUCCAGAGUGAGUUUGCCUUUUCUGGUGCUGUUCUACAGAUGUAUUUUAACGGUUGUGUGGACACAGAUCCGAUAAAAGUGUAUUUCUCUGGUGAAUCCGUAAGGGUAAAAACGCAGGCCCCUAAGUGUAACAUUAUACCGCAGCUGCCAACACGACUAUCGCAACAUUCACCUCAAUGUACCUAAACUUGUCCUCUUGGUUUACUUACAUAGUGGUCUUUUCGUGAUUCUGGUGAUUUUAUUAGUUUUCUCUUUUUAUGACCUCCUGCCUGUUAUAAAUAAGAUGGCCUUUUUUCGCAGUGGGUGGUCCUCAUACCUAUCCCACACAUAUUCAAACAUUAUCUGUUGUUGUUAUGGCAGAAUUUUAGAAAACUUGCAUGUUUAUAGGACAGUAAACCGUCAAAUUUUUGCUCAAAACCGUGUCUUGACUUGUUUACCAUUUUCAGUUCUGAUUAAGUCUUUGCUCACAAACCACCAGUCAUAACCAUAAAUUAGAUUGGCAGAUAUUUGAUGCUCCAUGUUGUAUCUAAAAGCCUGUUUUAACUGAUAGACAUUGAGCAAGUAUAUUAGGAUAAUAGUCAGUUUUCUGUUUAAUUUGAAUGUUCAAAUAUUUUUGUCAUCAUGGUGCAUUCAAAGCAUUUAAUUUCAGUAACACAAAGGAAAGUAAAUGAUGUAUUGUCAGUGGUUUGACAGGGUUUUUCCUCUCUUAACAGUGAUUCUCCGAUGCCUGUGACCUCCCGGGUGUGCUUCGUGAAGUUCCAGGAGCCAGAAUCUGUCGGAGUGUCUCAACAUCUCACCAACACUGUUUUUGUGGACAGAGCCUUGAUCGUGGUUCCUUUUGCAGAAGGUUUGUCCUGAUGCUUUUCCUCAGUAUGAGUGGUCCCAGUUGAUUGAAUGGUAUGACUCUUGAAUAGUGAAAAUGGAUACAACUUAAAGGAUAUCAUUCAUCUCAUUUGUAGAUUUCUGAAGUCGACCCACCUUUAUCUUUUUACAUGAAUUCAUAAAGAUAACUUGAACAUUUCUGGUAUAUCCAUUUGCUUUUAUUGCCUGUAACAACUGAUGUUAUGACUGCACCAAAAAGUCAAACAUGGUUUAAAAGUGGUAUUAAGUGCAGCCAACUAAAAUGUACUUUACAGACCAUCAUAGAAAUCACAUCAAGAUGUAAAAGUAAAGAUGUUUAAACAUCCCAUCUUAUGCAUUUAUUUUACCCCAUUUUGGACUAUCCUAUCUUAAACUUCUCUCUAUUAUUUGUAUGUUUAUUUGUGUGCAUGUGUGUGUGUGUGUUUGUGAGAGAGAGAGUUUUGUAGUGAAGACGGCAAAAGCAGCCCCUUCGUUGAUGGCUGAAAAGGAUCCUCUGCCUGCCACCAGAGGAUAAUAGAUAUUUACAAAGACUAAUCUUUGUGUCCCCUUUUCUCUCUCUGCCUUUUCUUUCCACUAACAUGUUUCUUCUGGGAAUUUAAGGGUAUUAUAGUCAGGUUUUAGGAACUUUCUAUGAAACAGUGUCACAUUUUUGAGUGCUGUUUCUGUUACUGCUGCCAGUAUGACUCAAGCUAUGCACUUACAAUUGGGUGAAAUUCUCUUCCUUUUAAAAGGGGUAAGUAUCAGAUAUAGAAAGUACAAAUAAAAUCUGAUCAAAUUCAUAAAAAGUAGAAGAAGCAGAAAUACAAAUAACAAUAUGGAUGUCUAAGAAAAUAUGUACAUUUAGAGAAAGAUAUUUGUACAACAGGCAAAAUGUGCACAUUUCAGGCAGUGUUCAAUGAGAAAUGUCAACUGUUGAGGAAAAAAAAAUCAAAUCAAACAAAUGUUUUCAAAAAUAAAAGGUAAAUUUAUGACUUCAAAAUAUUUCCUUUUUAGCAUCACCUUGCCAUUGAAAGCCUUUCAGAUGGUUUAGAAAUUAGAUGGAAUCAAAUAAUAGACUACUCUUUGUGGACUUCUAUUAGCAUUUGGCAACAGUAACAUACACACACUCUCUCUGUCACACACAUCCUCAAAAUAGCAUAUGACAGCAUAUUCUGAUGAGAAGUGUGAGUAAAUGUCUCAGAGAAAAGCUUAGUUGAAAGGCACUGUGACUGAAUAUUUAGAUAUUCCAACAACCAAAGAAGAGGCGCACUUGUCCUCGAUGUAACACCAGGAACUAUUUAAGGGGUGGGUUGUCUUUAACAGAUGUCUAAGGUGCCCACUUGGCAUAUUGGUUUAUUAUUCUCUUUAACAGUGGUCUUCUUUUGUUGUUGUGUUUUACAGUUCUUUUUCCUGGCUCUGCCAGUCCUGUAUACCAGGCCCUGCUGAAAAUACCAUCCAACAGUUUUGUCUCCUGCAGCAAUUUCUCUCUCCUGUGUGCUCUUCUAUUUAUAUGUUGUCAUUGUUGUCUGUCUGUUUUAAGGUCAUGUUUUUUUUUGUUUUUUUUUAAAGAGCUGUGUAGAGGGGAUAUAUUAUGAAAGACUGUUUUACAACAUUCAGUGACAUAUUACCAAUAAAGAUGAUUACAUUAUUUUUUAAUCGGGAUAUGCAAAUGCAGAUUUAUCCAACCAGUUACCCUCUGCCUAAGUAUGUGUAAUAAAUGCAGAGGCAGGUAAGCAUUCUAGAAUAAUGAUGUACAACAGGAACACUUGCCACCCUAAAUUCUGCUUUCUCAUGAAGUAUAUCUGGCUCUUGUAUCUUUUUGGUAAGUAGACAUGGAUAGCUUGUGAAGUGUUCAUGCAAAAUUCCUAAAAAUUCUCUCUGUUGUUUGUAUCUCGAUUUUUCUCUGUGUGCUUUUAGUAGCGAAGCCGCCAUCGUGAGUCGCGUGUUUCAGUAAACGUCUAAAUGAAAAUUGGGGUCACAUCCAACUGGAGAAGCAGCUGUGCUUGCUAACGUUUGGUUCAUGACUUAAUAACACAUUCAGGUGAUAUAUUCUUGGCAGUGUUGAUUGGAAUAGUGUGAUUUAUUCCAGCUAGAGUAAUGUCACUGCAAUGAUUAUGUUGACUUAGAGGAACUCUUCUUCUCUGAUCUGUGAGGUAAUCAUUUUGUUGAACUUACUUGGAGAAAAACUCAGUGUGAAGAUUUUUUUCUGUGAUCUUCUCAGAAUGUCCUCUGUGGUUUAUAACUUCGAAGAUGUCGCUCCGUCCUAAUGCCUUCUUUACUUUUCUGUAGGAUCUAUACCAGAUGAGGCCAAAGCUUUGUCACUGCUGGCUCCAGCUAACGCGGUCGCAGGAAUUCUGCCAGGAGGAGGACUUCUUCCCACGCCAAAUCCCAUCCCCAAUCCACCUGUAAGACUUCAUAUGUAUAUACAUGUAUAUUGUACGGUUACAUGAAGCACUUAAUAUAAUAACAUAAUGAGAAAAGGUUUUUUUUCAGUAUCUUGCUGAGACCUGACAGUCAGUAGUCAGAAAAGAGUGAAAAUUUUUUAGUCUCCACACUCGUGUUUCCACCAGGGAUUUGUGAAUGACGUGAUUCAUUUGAAACAGUGGCACAUGAUCAUCUGCCAAAGUGCAGAAUUAGUGAUACAAAGAGUAGCCUGAGUACUUGAACACUGCUAAGAUUGCAAGAUCUCCUUCACAUGAUUGCUGUUGUUGUUGUUGUUGUUGUUUUAACAGCUGGGAGGGAACCCUUUUGGUCUCAACAUGGAUGCGAUGGCUGCUUUUGGAUUUGGAGGACCAAAUAUGAAUCCUCAGGUUAGAACUUAGUAGCUUUACCUUAUUUCAGUAUAACACUUUAAAGAUGUUUUUGCAAGACAUUUAUCCAGAAAAAUCUUUGCUUUCUUCCAGGCUGCUGAUCAGCUGCUGAAACUCAUGACAGAUCCAAAGUAAGUCUGAAUUAAGACACUUCAUCUUCUGAACUAAGUGCUUGUUUGGAUGUACUAGAAGAAAUAAUGGGCUGAAUAAUAAAUGUUCCCUUUUUUUUUAGGCUGAAUCCUCUGGCUGCAGGCUUGAAUCUGAGUGCGAGCCUGAAGGCUGACGCUUCUAAAAAGGAAAUCGAAGAGGCCAUGAAAAGAGUCAGAGAGGCGCAGUCGCUCAUUUCUGCUGCUAUUGAACCCGGGAGUAAGUGCACAAAAGUUUUAGAGGACUGUUUAAACCAGGAUCCUGACUCAGCUGUCUAUGACGGCUUCAGUUUUGGCUGCUUUUCAAAGUUUUUUUUUUUUUUUUCAUUUUCCUUCAUGUUACAUGUCCCUGGGAAAGCUGACCUCCAUCACACUUGGUAUUUAAUUUGAUUUUUUUUCUUCUAUCCUGCAGAUAAGGAGAGCAAAAAGAGGCACUCUGAGUCUCGCACAAGGUCGAGGUCCAGAAGACGGAAGUCCAGAUCACGCUCAAGACACAGGUAAUAACUUAGUUGAAGUCUGGAGACGAAGAAACUUUUUUUAAUUUGAGGAUUAACUUAUAAAGGUUGAAAUUUGCUGGUUGCAGGCGGUCCAAAAGCAGAUCCCGCCCACGGUCAAGCUCCAGAAACAGGCGGCACUCGAAAAGCCCACGCAGGAAACAUACCCAUACCAGAGACCAAAGCAGGAGGUCCAGAAGCAGGUCCAGGUGGGUUAACUGUCAACCUGCUUAAUGACUCUGAGAUGGAAUCAAGCUUGACUUAAAUUCUUCCAUCAAAUUUAUCCACAGAGAUCGAAAGAAAGACAAUUCAGGGAGGAAAAGAUCCAGAACACCACCGAAGAGCUACAGCACAGCCAGGAGGUCACGCAGCGGGAGCAGGUGAGUGCGUUUCAAAGGUUAAAGAAAAUGUAUUCAGGUAGUUUUGGUCUUCUCGGAUUUUAAAGUUUGCCGCUUUUGUCCUGUUCUGCUGCACAGGAGACGUAAGAAGAGCCGAAGCGCCAGCCGAUCUCCCAAGAGAAAAAUCUCUCGAUCUCCAUCUCCUCGCAGGUCAGUACAUCAUUCAUCAUUUGAGCUUGAUGUUCAAUUUUACCCAGUAAACUCGUCUGAUGAAGACAAGAUGUCAGAAUACGUUUGUCGGUUUUGUUCAGCUGAUUUAGCAUGAGAUGGAUCCAGGCUAUGACACACCUUUGUCUUCUUCUUCUUCCAUUACAGACAAAAGAAAGAGAAGAAAAGAGAAAAGGAAAGAGACCGUGAUCGCAGGAGUGAUAAAGACCGUGGUCACGAUGAACGUGAGCGCUCUACUAGCAAGAAAAAGAAAAGCAAAGACAAAGAGAGGAAGUCCGAUGGAGGGAAAGGCGAUGUCAGAGUAAGUGUGCCACAUCUAGUGUUCUUCAUGCUACUUCAACGUCGCUAUGAUGUGUUUUCAACCCCUUAUGCCUACCCUUCAGAUCACCAGGGAUUACGACGAGGAGGAACAAGGCUACACUAGCGAGAAGGAGCGCGAGGAAAGGAAGGAUUCAGACGACUCGGCCGUGUCUCCUCAGUCCGUGGAGGGUAACGGCACAGCGCGGCUGGUAAAGAUGUCCAAAUUUAACGGAGUUGAUGAUCGCCAUGAAGAAGACAUGGAUGUCAGUGAUUAAAAAAAAUUUAAAAAAAUCUCUGUCCUGCUUGUUCCCAUAAAAAUCCCUCCAUUUUUGUAUGUUUGCUGCCUUUUCCCAGCAGGAGAAAAGCUUUAAUGUGAAGUCUUUAUCGAUUGAAUUCUACUGUUUUUGCAAAAGUCGAAUGCAGGAUUGUCGUCUUUGCCUGCAGUUUUCCCAAAGACGUUACAUUAUUUUAAAGCUCUUAGUGCUCGUUGCCUCUACAACCGUAGUUUGUUCAAACUGGAAGUAGGCUUGUUUUGCUUUUCUUACCAAAUUUUUUCUUUCCUCACAUAUUUGUGUUGUGGUGUGCUGCUCAGGCCUCUUCCCAACCUUCUGUAAACUGUUGAUGGGUUUCAGUUUUGUUUUUUGGAAGUGUCGUUUUAUCGAGGGUUUCUUUUAUAAUAAAGCUUAUUUGGAUACUCAAGAACACAGAAAGUCGA